CUACAUAUAGUCAGCGCAGCGCCUCUAAGUUAGAAUCCGCCUCGCUUUGCUCUCUCGGACAUGCGCAACCUUUCGCUUGCGUUCCACCUUGACACCGUGAUAGCUGAAAAGAAUGUGACGCAAACGACCUUCGAUCUAGAUGAGGACAUCUUAUACGCGGCCACAGAGAGGAUCAAUGCCGAUGCAGACGUUGAUGUCAAAGUAUGGAAAUUUUACCAGAAGGAUCGAUGCGCAGAUCCGGAAGCCAUCCUGGUGACGAUGUUCACCGCAGGCGCUUCCAGUUCAUCUACUGCGGGUUCUCAGAUUGUCGCCUUCCACUUUCUGCCGGAUACCCGCAGCAUAUCCGUUCUGAUGCGCGCGGGUGACAUUACAACUGUAUCUGUGGACGAGGACACACUGCCUGAGGUUGAAGGCACCAUUGAGAGUGGGAUCAUGGCUGCCGCUUGGAGCCCAGAUGACUCUCUGUUGGCUAUCGUCACUGGUGAAUCCAAACUGACACUCAUGUCUCCGGCAUAUGAUAUGAUCUCCGAUGGUCCUCUCUACCCAACAGAAUUCGGGGAAGAUGCUCCAAUCAACGUUGGCUGGGGAUCGAAGCAGACACAAUUUCACGGGUCUCUAGGCAAAGCUGCCGCCGCUGCCCCAUCGGCGACCAUCGUUGGGGCAAGUCCAGACGACGACCAUGUGCCGCGAGUCAGCUGGCGAGGCGACGGCGCAUUCUUUGUUGUAUCGUCCCUGGCUGCGCCGACUCCGGAUGGUCGGGCUUGUCGGGCACUGCGGGUUUAUGACAGACAGGCGGUGUUGCAAUCCACAUCCGAGCCAGUCCCAGGUCUCGAGCACCCAGUGUCAUGGCGCCCUUCCGGGAAUCUUAUCGCAAGCACCCAGCGAUUCGGGUUCGAAGGUGGUGGUGCCGGCAAGGAAGGCCGUCACGAUGUUGUCUUUUUCGAGCGCAAUGGCUUGCGGCAUGGCGAGUUUGGUAUCAGAGUGGCCGAUCUGUCACUGUCGGCCGCCGCGAGCAAUGCGAAAAAGUGGGGAUACAAGGUCAAAGAACUAAGCUGGGGUGCGGACUCGAAUGUGCUCGGUGUUUGGAUUCAGAAAGACGCAGGCGAUGUUUUCCAACUAUGGACAACUGGAAACUAUCAUUGGUACUUGAAGCACGAGUUCGCCAGCUCGGAGAGAUUUACUUCCAUUCGAUGGCACCCGGAACAGGCGCUCCAUGUUGUCCUGACUACCAGCUCCAGCAUCAUUCAACGCAUCUAUGGCUGGGAGACUUGGUCCUCUCCAUCUUCCCCGCCCAAUGACUCGGGAACCGUCGCGGUUCUUGAUGGAUCUAAGGUCCUCCUCACCCCCUUUCGUUCGCAGAAUGUCCCUCCGCCUAUGUCGUCUUACCAGCAAAUGCUCUCCAUAAACCCGGAACAGCCUACCAGGAUUCCUGUACACCUAUCUCUUUCUCCGGAAAACGAAACACUUGCUGUCUUAUGGGAAUCCGGCUAUCUUGAACUGUGGGAUCUUAAUACCAGGAUAGCACCUGGUCCUUCAAAGAUCAUGGAUCCGGCACAGAUAUUCGCCGAAUCAGUCGGUCGAGCCGACAUACCGUCUCGGCAGGUUAUCGUGUCCUCCGAUAGAGUGUUCAUUUUGGGAUCGAGGGCUGGAUGCGACGUAGUCACCAGUUUGGUCAUCGGUAAGAGCGAUGUCACUACAAGUGACAUGCAGUCGGCCAAUGGUCGGCUCGUUCCAUGUGCUAGCUCCGCUCCCGUUUGGCAAAGCUCGACUGGCCAGCUUUUCGAAAUAUCCGCAUCUCCGGUAGAAAUUGGCACCUUUGACGAAUUCUGUUUUUCAGCGCAAGGAAUCCCAUCAAAGACUCCGAUGUUCCUGGGAUUGAGUACAUCGGGGAAGCUGCAUCUUUCGUCAACGUCGAGCCGGACUCUAGCAUCCAAUGUGACAUCGUUUACUGUGACAUCUGGUUUUGUGGUGUUCACCAGCGCUGCGCACGAAGCAACGUUCCUUCCGGUGCCGUCGCUCCAAAACCUCCUGGCUUUGGACGAGGAGACUGGAGAGUUCCAGCCGCUUCCGAGUGAUUGGGAGAAACGCAGGGUCGAGAGAGGAUCGAGGAUUGUUGUGGCUGUGCCGAGUGCAAUGACGCUGGUGCUCCAGAUGCCUCGGGGCAAUUUAGAGACGAUCAAUCCCAGACCGUUGGUCAUACAAGUCGUCCAUCAAGAUUUGGCCGCCCAUCAGUAUCGGAAAGCGUUCCUCUCCUGUCGCAAGCAUCGCAUCGAUCUGAAUGUUUUGGUCGAGCACGAUCGUGCUGCGUUUAUCGAGAACAUUCCGACGUUCUUAGACCAGGUUCAUGAGGUGGACUAUAUCAAUCUCUUCCUUACCAACAUCGGCCGGGGAACACAGUCACCCGAGCACAAGGCCGAAGUCUGCGACGCUGUGCGAGUGUGUCUAGCCCAGAAAGACCUCACCAAAUACGUCAACUCCAUCUUGACGGCAUAUGUUGUCAAGAGUCCUCCGGAAGCCGAGGCAGGACUGGGGCUGCUACUUCAGCUGAAGGAUUCAGACCCCGAGAUCGUCGAAGAUGCCGUCAAGUACAUCAUUUUCUUGGUCGACGCCGACACACUUUUCAAUACUGCCCUGGGAAUGUACGACUUUGCGUUAGUCUUGAUGAUCGCACAACAUGCACAGAAGGACCCUCGAGAGUACCUUCCUUUCUUACGCGAACUGCGUUCUCUGGAGCAAUUUUACCAGCGCUACCGGAUCGACGACCAUCUAAAGCGGCAUAAAAAGGCUCUGGAGAACAUUCGCCUGGCUGGUGCCGCUUACUUUGACGAAGCGAUGUCAUACGUCGAGAAACAUCGGUUAUAUGAGCUGGCUUUGGACCUCUGGAAGGACACGGAUCAGUACAAGGCAAGCGACUGUCAUGUGCUGGAACUAUAUGGAGACUGGCUUUUCGAAAGACGCGAUUUCCGUCAAGCAGCCUCCAUCUUUGUCCAGGCGUCAGCAACAUCGAAAGCGAUGGUUGCCUAUGAAAAGGGGCUGGAAUGGCAGGAACUGUUCGACCUUGCAGGUCGGACGGGCAUUUCCGACGAGGACGUCGUGGAUAUGGCGUAUCGCGUCGCAGAGGACCUAGUAUCUAAGAAACGGCACUCUGAUGCAGGGCGCAUUCUGGUCGAUUACACACACGACAUCCGGGAGGCGGUCAUUGCCCUCGUGCAGGGAAACCGCUUCUCAGAGGCUCGAAGACUGAUCACACUGAACAAGGAAGACGCUCUUCUCGUGGACGUCGUCCACCCCGCCGCGCUCGAAAGCCGGGCGCAGAUCUCCGAGGAUCUGUCAGAGAUGCGCGACCAGUUGAGGAAGCAGCUCGAGCGUGUCAAAGAGCUGCGCGUCAAGAAAGCUGAAGCCCCGGAUGCGUUCUACAACGCGGAGGACGAAGUCAACCUGCACAACGUCGAUGCGAUGACCGACGUCUCGAUGCCCGCCACUGCCUUUACACGGUAUACCGCUGCGCCGAGUACGAUGAUGUCCAGGGGGUCCAAGAUGACGUCCCGCUCGAAGCGCAAGAUGGAGAGAAAGACCGGACGCAAGGGGACCGCCGACGAGGAGGAGUAUCUGCUCAAGUCGGUAUCGAAGUUAGUGUCCAGGUUUGGCGCUACACAGGAUGACGCGCGGUCGCUCCUCCCGCAUCUAGUUCAGCUCAGCCCAGAGCAUGCCGCCGAGGGACGAGAGCUCCAGUCCGAGCUCGCGCAGUUUGAAGCAGAGCUGGUGGCCGCCGUCGCCGAGUUCUGGAGGAAGGCCGAUCACGCAGAGGGGGAUGGCGGGGAAGAGGAUUCUUGGGCCAAGAGGCAGGAGAUCCUGGCCAAGCAGCGGAUGAUCGAUCCCGUAGAGCGUGUGCCGAAGCCUAAUCCGAUCGGAGAGGAGUGGAGGAUAAAAGUGUUGUUGGAAACUGGUCUGGACAACGGUAUGAGCGACUGCCCCCGCUCAGCAUCUCUUCUUCCUCUUCUAAACCAGUUGAAGUCCCUCCCGAGGGGAAACGGCAUGAACCCCAUUGCAGAACCGGGUUAUGAAAGCGACUCCGGCCAGCGCGACCUCCCUACCUGCGAGCAUUUCAGGACAAAGACGCCCAUGCCGCACUCUAUCACCAUACCUGCCCGCAAACGCUUUCUCAAUCGCACGGGGCGCGCCAUCAUCCGCAUCGUAUACUCGUAUGGUCUCCGGAAGGGAGACAUCGCGCACGUCUUCGGCUGCUCUACCGGGCUCAUCUCCGACGCGAUCGAGAACCUACACGUGAACCCGCGCGACCGGGUCGAAGAGGACUACGACCGAGUCGAGCGCGAUACAGGGAGCACGGAGUGGCGGGAGGUGUAUCCGCCAUUUCCCCAGCAGAUGUGGUCGAGCAAGCCGAGAGGCUACAUGAAAGAGGAGCAGGACGAGGUUGAAAGUGCAUUAUUCGGCGAUGGGACCCUCCAUCGCGCAGCCAAGCUGGAAGCGAACGAACGACUGAAGGGCAAGCAGUCACGCCCCAAGGAGACCGUCCCGCUUGCUGAGCGCGGCGCCUUCGAUUCCUCAUCCGAACACUCGAGUCUCGACUCAGAAUCCGACUUCGACCUGGAUGACGCGUUUUUGCGGUAUCCGGACGCGCAGGAAGUCGUCUCAAUCUCCCCGGCACUUCGAAAACGCGCGCUUUCCGGGGCAGAAAGUUCACUCCCUCCAUCCAAACGCCCCACUACGGUAGCUGCGUCCCCUCCCCGUCCCCAGCUUCCGCCAACGCCGAUAUCGAAUGCUCCACUGUCUCGAUCUUCGGCCCAGUCGCAAGAUGGCCCGUCAACCGGUGCGAUACCCAAGCUGACCAAGUCUAUUUUCGAUCGACUGAAGGGAAAGUCGGGUACCAGCGUAUCGCCUGUCCUCUCACCCGUCCUCGUGAACUUCCCCUCAAGGGAUAUCCGCAUGUCGUUGACGCCGGUUCCCAGCCCAGUCGCGUCUGAGCCGCCAUUAGCCGGUCCCUCUACCUGGCGCGACAAAUCAUCCACCCCUCCAGCUUGGACGCGGCAGUCACAAAUGGUAGCGCGACCACCUGCGUCGACAUUAGCCCCGCCUGCUGGCUCUGCUUCUCCUGUCCGUGAUCAACGGUCGCCCGCACCGUCGGCGUCGUUGCCCACACGACUACCCUUGCCUCGGAGAUCGCUUCUGGCUGAGAAGAAGAAGCAGUCUGAGCCUCCUCUGUCUACCGCUCGACAUCCACUCCCAAGUCGAAAACGAGAAGAUCGGCUGGAAAGUUUUCUCCAGGAACCCAUGCCCGGCGUCGAUCUUACUGCUUACCUUCCGAUUUUCCGCUCGAAGGGAUUUGACACGCUGGAUCGGUUAAUAGCGCUCGGCGGAUGGCCGGACUCUGCAUUCCGGUCCGCGAUGAAACGGCUCUUCCUCCGAAACAGCCAUUUUCCAGCGGGGAUGUCUGCGUUUGAAGUCAUUUCCUUGGAGCUGGGAAUACGGAGCCGCCGGUGUCACCUGGGGAGACAGCCAUCGCACCACUGGAGUCUUGCUGACUUCGAGUCGUCCUCGCUGUCGGCGGUUCUUUCGGACGUGAUGGGGUUCGAUUUGUCCUCGCACGAGGCGCUGUUCCGAUCCCAGGAGCUCGAUGUAUGCAUUUUCCAGGAGAUGAUCAGGUCGUGGCUGCCGACGGCCAUCAGGAACGCGUUGGAACGCGCUCUCUUGGACAAGCAUGCUGGGGAAGGUAGGCUGUCUGAGUCUAGACGGAAGGGCCUUAGCGCCGUCGAGGUUCUUGCGCUCGAAUUUAAGUUGUGUAUCGCACAGAGCGGUUGAUAUUCUCAGCACCCGUGUUAUGUUAAUCGCACACAACCUGGACCCGGACGGGGCCAUUAUGGACACCGUCUCCGCUGAUAUGUACAUACACAUUACUCGGGCGUAGACAUAUGUCUAUUAUGUAUGUAUCACACUUCGCCCAAGUGCCAAGCGCGCGGGGUCCCUUUGGUGGCGGCGCGAGCGCUGGUUUCAGUAUGUAUGUACAGCGUAGUCGUUCGGGUUCUGUUUUUGGGAAGCAGGACCCUUCUGUCACCGCCAGAACCCGCCUCAAGGCCUGUUCCGUGGGAUAAUCGAGGUGCUGUUACUUCAUAUAUGAGUCAAUCCCGCUCCUGCGACAAAGUUCGAAUAGGCGCCCUGGCAGUUGUGAGGCCCAUAUGUGUCGAUCUUACUUUCAGCUCGGCACUCCAGGACAAGUGCUCUUCUUUCCCCCACCCACCUACAUACAUACAUACACUUCAAUAGGUCUCGUCGCGCAGGAUGCCAGGCCCGCCGCGCAGUAGUAUGCCAGGCAGCUGGGCCGAGCUGGACUCUGAUCUGAUCACGAUCGCAUCAGACUGCAGCAGCAGAACCGCCAUCGCAGGAGGAUCAACUUCAAGCUCAUGCUCGUCCCUAGAACGCGAAUCCCAAGAAUGGCGCGCCGUUCCACCGGGUCACUGCACCCAUUCCGAGGUCCUACUCGUCGAGGCAGGGAAUUGGACAGAAGAGUACAUAAUCUGUGCGGCUCCGCCGGCGAUCGGGCGGUGGAGAUUCCGCGUCGCUCCCAGGGUGGACGCGGAGCUGAUUGUCGAACAGCCCCCCGAACAAGGCCCGGUGCAUCAACCACCACCACCACUCCCGCUGCGGCUGCGCAUCCCCGCUCCUGCUCCGCAGGCUCAGGGCCCACUCCCCCGACGACGAAUCAUCAGUCCGCGACUACCCUCGGCUAGGAUCUUGUUCCCCACCGCUGCGACCGCAAUGGAUUCAAGCUCUGCACCCUCCGUUGAGAGAACCGAAGAUCCGCGACACGACGCACCCGAGUGGGACUUCGGAGACAUCCCCACUGGCGAGAGGGACGCAGUCGAAGAUCAGGCUCGGGACGGCGAGCGGGAAUAUGGAGAUCGCACACCGGCACCCAGCGCCACCGGUCCAGCGCCCGUGUCCUCGGUCCAGGAACAGCAUGCGGACAGGGCGUGCGCUGCCAGCGUCGCUGAAACUCAAAUAUCCGGCGUGCCUGCGGGAUCUGCGGUCGACGGCCAGACAGCAACGGAGUCGGCAGUCGGAUCAUCAGACUUGGACCAGCGCUUCACCUCCCCCGGUGCCGUCACCGGUACCGGAGACGACGACGACGGACACGAAGCUAGCUCUGGUCUCCCGCGCCAGUUCACGGCCUCGAUCGUCCCCCAGCUCCCGCUCGCCGUCGCCAGUGGGCUGAACGUGUUCGACGCGAGCGGGGGUGGACGCCCGUAUCCGGGGAUACUACUACAUCAUCCAUGACAGAGUCCGAGUCCGCUGCCCCUGAUCCGGUGGGGCCGUCAGAAGAAGGGCGCCGCAGAUCGUCGUCGUCGAGUGGGACGGGCCAUGUGUUCUACGGGAAGCUUCCGCUGUCGCUCGACCGCCCGCCGCCCGUCCCCGCCUGCGAGGAUAUCGAAGCCCGAGGGACGCCUGACGACGAUGCAGAGGACGAAGUCGAUGAUGAAGGCGUUGAGGAUGAGACGGACGGCGAGGAAGACGAAGUGGGCCGCGACGAGGAUGGGAAACACAAAGACCCGGAUCGCAACGAGGAUAACAAUAGCAAACCCGGCGACAGUGGGGUCCAUGACGGGGGCGGCGAUAGUGACGACGCCCAGGACAACGACAAAAGCAGCGGCGGUCUCGGAGAUUCAUCGCAAGCAGCCGAAGAAGGGAACGCCGAAAACCCUGCUAUGGGACCUCAACCGAGCAGCCACCACGCGCAUUUCUGCUAUGUCCCCGCUGCUGCUCGCGCCAUUGACCAGGAUUCUGAGGAUGCCAUGAGUGGUCAUUCCGAACCUGAACCUCCCACCGAGGAUCCGUCCCGGUCCCGAUUCGCGCCAUACAUCCACACCCCAACGAGCUGGACCUACGGGCUCGAUUCUCGCGCAGACGACGACGACGACACGGACAUCCCCGAGUUCCAGCUGGACCGCGAGACGAGCGAGAUCCUCUCUGCUCUGGAUGUUCACGCAGCAGACCCAGCCUCAACGCGCCUCGC